CAUAUGACCCCUUAUAACAUCCUAGUGUACAUACGACAUUCCCCUUAGUAUCACAGUGUCCUAAGGGGUCAUGCGUGACCCCUUAGAACCGCAUAUGACCCCUUAUAAAAUCCUAGUGUGAACGACACACCCCUUAGCCCAUCACAUAGUGUUCUAAGGGGUCAUAUGUGGUCCUAAGGCGUGACCCCUUUGUGUAGGGGAAAAAGUGAGACUAGGCUAACAUGCCCUAAUCCUACCUUUUGACACACAUUGUGGAAUACGAAAGAGCCUAGAGGUAUCACACAAUUGGCUACUUCUUUUUGUAGAAGAGAGAGCCACGGGCUACCUAUUAGGGUUUCUAUUCCUUUGUUGUAAUUGAAAGAUAAAAUGAUGCAAGUUCAAUUCCUAACCCUAAAGUGCAAGUAUGAACUAAUAACAAGAUUGCAGAAUUGAGAUUAAACAAUGGAAAGGUGUAAUACAAGGACAAGACAAGAAUGCAGAUGCGUACUCGGAGUUAAAAUCUGAGUGAGAAUGUUCGGGAUGGGGGUGCAGGCGCCACUGUCUUGAUUCUGCCCUUGAAACUGCUCCUGAAAUUGCUGUUUUGCAACUUGAAAAGCUGUCGGAAAUGCUGAAACUUGUUGUCUGACAGAGGGACCAGGGCGCCCAGCGCCCCUGUCCUGGCAGGACCAGGGCACCCCACGCCAUUGUCCUGGUCUUUUGCCUUGAAAUUUGGUGUGUAGCUUAGUUUCUGUCUGCUUCUGCCGGAUUUGCAACUUGCGGUGUCGUCCGAAUCCCGAAAUCUGCACUUAUAUCUGAAAAGGUACGGUGGGCGGCUAUAUAGGGUUUUGCCUUAGUCAAACCCUCGCUUUGGUGAUUUCCACCUCCAUGAAUAGCCAAGUUGUAUUGUAAAAGUAGUGUGUGUGCAAACCUUGUGUGUGCAAGAUUCUAAAAUGCAAGUAAGCAAACUAGAGCAACCUAGAAAGUAAACCCUAAUUGCUUGUAAAUGAUAAUGUAAAUGCUCCAAAUCAAGAUGCAAAGUGAUGUAAAGCAUGAAUACAAAUGAUAUAAUGAGGCUUAUGCAAAGACAUGAAAACAACAUGAAAUCAUACCCAACCCCAAGGGAGGGGUACAAGCCAAUCUUCAGUUGGUGAUCCCCUAUUGCUCUUCAACCCCAACCCUAAGGGAGGCGUACAAGCCAAUCUUCAGUCGGUGAUCCCCUAUUGCUUUUCAAUGUUUUCAAAGCCCUAAAUGGAUGAAUGAAAUUGAUGAAUGCUUGAUGGAUGGAUGUUGAAUGUUGUUGAAGUCUUCAAAGAUCUGCUCUUUCGCUGUAUAGAAGGCCCCUGAAACCAAAAUUCGGAUCCUUUCAAAUGAAGAAAGAGAGUUCUUAUAUAUGAAACCCUAGGUCUUAAUUUCAACUUUUGGCCGACCUAGAGAUUGAAUCUCCCGCCAAUUUUUUGGGGUUAAGCUUUAUUUUAUGAUUGGAUUGCGCCCCUAAAAUUUCGAGAAAAAUGUCGGGGACCAUGUGCACUCCAGGCGCCAUGUUCCCGACAACUUUUCACCAAAUUUUCAGGGCCGUCGGAUAUGAUAAUUUUAGAGAGAAUCCCAAAGUUACAGGUGAUUUUGAGAUGUUUUGACCCCCAAAAUCAAGCCCCCAAGUUCAAAAUAGGACCUAAUUAGGGUUUUUGAUUAAAUGAUGUAUUGGAGGAAUAAAAUGAAAGGGGCACACUUUAAUGAAAGGGCCCAACUUUAUGAUGUGGAAGAUGAUGAAAUAAGACCUUAGACCUAAUUAAUUUGAUUAAUUAAGUGCUAAAGGGAAAAUGCGAUGCAAAGUGCAAGAUGCGCCAAGGCGGGAGCUAAACCAAGUGUGAAAUUGUACCACUUUAGCAAGUGCGUACAAUUUUCGACGCUACAUUUAGCCCCCACUUUAGCGGUCAUAUGAGUACUACGUGCAUAUGCAAGCUAAAGUACAGGAAAGUAAACAUUAUUUGAAAAAGGAUAUAUCCAUAAGUCUGUCGAACGAAGCCCCUAGCAAUAUCUGCAGUACACAGUUAGGAACCACACCCUACAAAACACACGUUAGAUCACAAAAUCAUUUAAUGCUUACUAAGGAAAGUGAUGAAAUUUGCGAGUAGCUAUAUGCCCCCCUGUUUCGGCUUGCUUAUUAGGGAGGUGAAACAGGAUAGCAUGUUUACUUACGACAAAUUGUGUGAGAGAUUAUUGAUGAGAGAUGUUCACUGAAAAGGCUUCAUCAGAGCACGUUUUGGAACAUCCAAGGAGUAAGGGAACAAAAAUACAAUUCCUACACAACAAACGGUUCGAAAAGAUGAGAGGUCGCAUCAUGAUCAGUUGGCUCUUACAUCCUACAGGAGAGGUGCCCCUUGUGAGAUGUCUUAUGAUUGCCAUCAUUGCACUAGCUAUCUGCCCUAAUGGGCAAGGUACGCACAUGCAUGGGGGUCUCACAUGGUGCAUCAGGGCUAUGGAGAGACAUAGGAGAGUAUAUGCUUGGGGUCGGAGUAUGCUUGCACAUCUCUAUCACGACCUCGAGGAGUAUGUGUUUGGACAGUGUUGUAGCUUGAUGACAUGCACACUUCUGCAGGUGUGGAUAUUUGAGCACUUCACAUGCACCAGCCUUAUCGGCUAUCCGAUGAGUGCGGCUAGCGAGUGACCUAGGGUGUUUGCCUAUCCACUUACCGACUUGUGGAGAUUUAGGGAUCUACUAUAUUGGAGAGUGACAUUUGAUAGAUUGACAGCUGAGGUGACAGUAUGGAGACCAUAUCUGCGGAUUUACGGAUGGGAUGGAAUGGAGAGGCAGCUAGCAUGCUUACAGAGGAACCGCCUAUUGAGAGGACGAUACUCACAUAUCAUAGUCCCAUUCUACUUUGACAGAGUACGGAGGCAGUUUGGGCUAGAGCAGUGUGUUCCAGCCGAUGUACCUAUCUAUACUCGACCCUCACGAGUCCUUUCCAAACCCAGAGCAGUAGCGAGACCUACGACAGAUGAUAUCGAGAUUACAGAUAUAGAGGGGUCCGAUCAGGAUGUGGUCACUGAUUAUUCUGCAGAUUACACAUGGACCUUGUUGGCCAGAGAUUUUCUGCAGUAGUCGCAGCUCUGGCCCCCAUAGCGGAUCACGUUGUGAUUGCUUCUCAGAGAUGGGAUUGGAUAGAUUGCAUCAGCAGUAGCCACCAUAUCAUUUGACAGGCUGGGCAGAUAUAUGAUGAGCCGACCAUGUUCGAGAUCAUCCACAGAUCAUGCAUCUUCUAGUCACGGGGUGGCUUUAGAUUCAGAUGAUUAGUAUAUUGCUGUUGGCAUCCCCUCCCCAGAUGAGGUAGCAGCUAUAGUCAGAGGUAGUAGACAUGUACAGAUGUCACAGUAUUUAGCCGAGGACCUGCUACAUUCUUACUGUUUUAUUUCAUCUGGACUUUGGAUACCAUUGGCUGAUGUUAGAGAGGAGAUUCUCAGAGACAGGCAGACUACUGCUGCAUCAACUCAUACCUCGAGGCAGUCACAACAUUCUCAUCGCUCUACGCAUGCUCUGGGCAUUGACCCACCUACAGAUCACUUUGUUGCUGCAGAGGAGGAGAUACGAGCUGAUCAGGUCUAUAUCACAGAUGAGGACUUGGAUUCAUUUGAGCAGCUGCGAGGUUUGAGCCAUACUGGGUAUAUGGAUAUGCUACUACAGUCAGACACUUCAUUCACGAUGUCGAGUCAUUUAGUUAGCUCCUUACACUCUACAGUCAUACGUACAGCCAGAGAGAGAUAUGCAGACGCGAGUGAUGUGGUUGAUAUGAUCACAGGACAUGAUCAAACUAUACAGCCUACUCCUGAUACACAUUUAGCUCAUGUCACUUCUAGCUUGAGCUCUGAGCGUGUGCGUAGGAGAGAUUCUUUUGACGCUGUUAGUGGGCAGGGGUCUAUUGGACAUCCAGACUCUAACUAGGACUCUCCCUUAGAUGGUCGCUUUGUUUGUGGCCGACAUGAUGCAUGUUGAUUUGCUGGACUUUAUAGCUCAUUUGUUUAUCUCUUUAUAUAUACAUGUACAUUUUAGACUUUCAUAUUAUAUAUUGAUGCAUGUAUGAAGUUUAGACUA